UCAUAGAGCUUCAUGGCCAUGGAGAUCGCAGAAGCUGUAAUGGAGGUCUUUUCUCCAUCUUCUGUAACAGACUGGCUUUUCACACUCAGUGUGGUCCUUCUUUCUGUCCUCUGUUUCUUUCUCGUUCAAAAAAUGGUAAUCAAAGAAGCUAUGAGGAAACAUACACCAAUCCCACUCUUAAUCCCCCGUGAAACAAUGGACUAUUUCAAGAUCCACGACAAAAGCAGCAGCAGAGAAUAUGACAUUUAUCGCGAAACAAGGAUCCUAGUCAAUGCAUGGGGAAUCGGAAGAGACCCCAAAAGCUGGAAGGACCCAGACGUGUUUUACCCAGAGAGGUUUGAGGACUGUGAGAUUGAGUUUUAUGGGAAGCACUUUGAGCUAUUGCCAUUUGGGGGUGGCAAAAGGAUUUGCCCUGGGGCUAACAUGGGAGUCAUCACCGCAGAGUUCACAUUAGCAAACCUGGUCUGCUGUUUUGAUUGGGAACUUCCCUGUGGGAUGAAGAUAGAGGACCUUGGUCUUGAAGAAGAGCUGGGUGGCAUCACUGCUAGCAGGAAGACACCUCUUUGCCUUGUUGCUAGGAGAUGUGGUUGCAGUUGCACUGAGCCUAUGUGACUGAAAGCUGUGGUAGGAGGGUAGUAGUCUCCAGCAUUCAUCACUCUUCCAUCAAUGAUGAUGAGUUGGGGAAGAAUAAUAUUAUCUUUCUUUAAUCACUGUAUUAGAUCCUCUAUCCAUGAUACAGAGUUCCCCUUCUUAUGAUAAAGCUGCUUGUCGGAUUGCUUUGAUAUUUGGGGAACU